GCUUUUGUUGUUGUUGUCUGCUGCUUUUAUUGCAGUUCUGAUUUCUCUUUCCUCUCACCUGCCUUACCCCCUUUCACUUUAUUCCCUCAGCAAAUACAUGCACCCUGUGACACUUCAGUGAAAGUAAUACAUGUUUUUGUUAAGAACAGAUUGGUUGUUUUCUUUUGAUUUGUUUCAUGAUUUAAGCUCUCAGUAACCAUAUAAACAGGUAAUUUUGAUGCCUACUUCUUUUGUAGCAUUGAAAUGACCCACAGAAAAUAGCUCUCAGUUUGAAGCGAGCUAUUUCCUCCUCCUGGCAAGACAGAGCCCUCACUGAGCCUAAUCUCCACCUUCAAACUCUGCAGAUAUGUGGUUCAACAUUUAUAAUCACUUAUAUGAGUCACCCCUUUCUUUUUUACUCCUCCCUCUUGUCAUUAGCCAAGAAAUGAGUUCAUUAGUUACAUCAUUUUUGCAAGCAUUCUGGCUCUCAGAUCACCUGUGCUUGCUGAGGAAGCUUUUUAUAAGGCAGGAUGCUGUCUUGGGCUGGAUACUCUGUUGCUUUCUGUUUUCCUAUUUUUCUUGAAGGUGGGUGGCCCUGACAGGUAAUAAAGCAUAAACCCUUCUGUUCUCUCAGACCCUCACUGGAGGUAGUGCAAAUGCUUCUGUCAUGUGCAGAUAAAGUUUCACUGGAACCCUCUCAGGGGGUUCCUGUCAGGGGUGUGCUGUAUAUAAAAAGCGGGAAAGAGGGCAGAGGAUUGCACUCUGUAUGUACCUGGAGAUGUCAGUUCUGAAUAUGGGGGGAUACCCAGAGUAGCACCUGUCUUCUAUUCCAGACAAAACUUCCUAGGGUUAAAGCAGAAAAGGCUGCAGUGACUCCUUGUUUUUUAUGGAAGUUGCCAGUGCUAGAAGAGGAGAGAGCUGGGGUUUGGAAUGUGAUGGAGGGGUGACUAUGACUCCCUUUAAGACACCUGAUUUAGCCUGAAAGAUGCUUAACAGGGGGUGUUGGGGAAGGCCAUUUUCAGCACCAGUAACACCACGAUCAUGUAGGCAAGGCCUCCAAGGCACUGCCAGCCAGCCAGCACAAUGCAGGCCUGGGUAGAAGCUAUGGCUGUAUCUUGUUUUUUGACUGGUGGCAGAUUGUGUUACUGUGCUCUGAAAUAGAGCUGGUAAAGCAAUCCAUGCAGUGUAAGCAAACAGUUGAAUGUGUGGAUACUUAGGUGGGGGCAAUGGGCAGAAAAAAGCCAUAGGGAAGCAGAAAAGCUAUCCUUUGGAAGACAAGUGUUCAGCUGCAGCUAAUGGAGCAGCAGUGUGGGAGGUAGCAGUUGUUGACCCCAGGUGGGAUCAAUUGUGGUAAUGUGAGGAGUUAUUUCACACUGCCAGGGUGGCUGUGGAGUUGUUUAGUCAUUUAGGUAGAUUUGUAGGUCUUAGUGUUCUUUUUCAGCAACACUUGAAAUAUUUUUUCAAGCUUCUUUUCGGGGGAAUUACUGCUAUUUUUUUUUUCUUUUUUUUUCUUUCCUGCUUUACUAUUGCAGUUCCUCCUUGCUCUAUUUACUUGCAGGCCACCAAUUUAGAUAUCUAGAAGUGCUUACAGCUGUUUUCUCCAGGAGCUUGAUAUCCUUAAAAUGAUUGAUGCAAGUAGUAACAGAGUUAAAAACUGAACAAGAUCCAAACUGCUCUGAAACUGAUGCAGAAGGGGUGAGUCCUGCCCCUGUAGAAUCUCAAACUCCAAUGGAUGCAGACAAGCAGGCCAUUUACAGGCACCCACUAUUUCCCUUGUUAGCACUGUUAUUUGAAAAAUGUGAACAAUCUACACAAGGAUCGGAAGGCACGACUUCUGCAAGUUUUGAUGUAGAUAUUGAAAAUUUUGUAAGGAAGCAGGAAAAAGAAGGAAAACCCUUUUUCUGUGAAGAUCCAGAAACUGAUAAUCUGAUGGUAAAAGCAAUCCAAGUUCUUCGUAUUCAUCUGCUUGAGCUAGAAAAGGUUAAUGAGCUUUGCAAGGACUUCUGUAGUCGCUACAUUGCCUGCCUGAAGACGAAAAUGAACAGUGAAACUCUAUUAAGUGGAGAACCUGGAAGUCCUUAUUCACCCGUGCAAUCUCAGCAAAUGCCAAGUGCCAUUGCAGGCACGCUCAGUCCCCAAGGGAUUAUGGUGCCAGCAUCAGCAUUGCAGCAGGGAAAUGUAACUAUGGCAACAGUAGCAGGAGGGACAGUGUAUCAGCCUGUUACUGUGGUCACUCCACAAGGCCAAGUGGUGACGCAAGCAUUGUCACCUGGGACUAUUCGAAUCCAGAAUUCUCAGCUUCAGUUGCAAUUAAACCAAGAUCUAGGCAUCUUGCAUCAAGAUGAUGGCUCAUCAAAAAAUAAAAGAGGAGUUCUUCCCAAGCACGCUACAAAUGUGAUGAGAUCUUGGCUAUUUCAGCACAUAGGGCAUCCAUAUCCAACAGAGGAUGAGAAGAAACAGAUUGCAGCACAAACAAAUCUUACACUACUCCAGGUUAACAAUUGGUUUAUCAAUGCUAGAAGACGAAUUCUUCAGCCAAUGCUGGAUUCCAGUUGUUCUGAAACUCCAAAAACAAAGAAGAAAACAGCUCAGAACAGACCAGUUCAGAGGUUCUGGCCUGACUCCAUUGCAUCAGGAGUUGCUCAGCAGCAAUCUAAUGAGCUCACGAUGUCAGAUGGUGCUGUUGUAACAAUUACAGCUCCGGUAAACAUGAAUGUAGACAGUCUCCAGUCCUUGUCAUCUGAUGGUGCUACAUUGGCUGUUCAGCAAGUUAUGAUGGCGGGGCAAAGUGAGGAUGAGUCUGUAGACAGCGGUGAAGACGAUGGAGGAGAUCUCUCAACGACAAAUAUCAGUGGGCUGGUUUUGGAUAACAGCGAUUCUCUGCAGUAGGAAGCAUGAGAGUGUGACACAAUGUUUAGGAAAAAAGAAUGGACUGACUGACUGUUUUUAUAGUUUGCACAGCAAACAUUUUACACAAGUUUUAUUUCUAAUAUGUUUUAUAUGUAGAUAUAGAAGGGUGCACUUUUUUGUAUUUCAUAGUAAGCUUAAAGAGUGUUUUUGCAGGUGCAGCAACUUCUUUCAAAUGUGUUUUUUUUUUCAUUUCAUUUUUCUUAUUUCAGAAAAUUUUAUCUAGUAAUAUAAAGAACCACGUAAGCACCCCUUUAUUCUCUGAAUUGGAAGUGCUGCCAUUUCUAAAGAAUUAUGCAGUUUCAAUUAGUGCUGUUAUUUAACACAGCUCUUGAUGGGCAGGUGAUGUAAAUUUAAGGCAUGUGAGGAACUUGAUCGUUAAGUUUGCGUAUAUUUGAAAGAUGCUUCUGCACCUUAAAAACUGCUAGUCUGAGGUGGACAGCAACACACACAAAGAAAAAGGUGAUGUGUGAUUCAGUAGCGAAUGUAUGGCAACUUCAAUAAGUUUAGUUUCUCUCAUAGUCCAUGAGCCUGUUUAUCAUUUGCUAUAAGAACUCCUAUUUUUACCUUACCGGGAUUAUUGGAUAAAAAAAUAUUUUUAUAAAUUCAUGAGGAAUUGGGAUGACAACUGUAUUAUGCAGGAGUUUAAAAAAAAAAAAAAAAAAAUUUCCAGAGGGGAAAAAUAAAUGUUUAGUAUUCCUAUUUGGAAGGUCUGAAAACUGACCGAAUUUAAUAAACAAGCCUACGCUAGCACUCUAUGAUUCUCAGCUAUCCUACAGUGAUAGAGUAAACGUAUAUUUGAUAAUAGCAUAAGAAGGGCCCACUGUUUGAUGGGGUUUUGAUAUUGUCAAAUGUUGAUUUAUAUUAUGUGUAAUAUUCAAAUUGCAUUAACUCUGCAUCUAGACUUGCAUCUAAAGGUAUUUGCUAAAUGACUAUUCAGGUAAGUAAAUUCAAAUACCCACAACAUUUCCAUUUACUGAAGAAAUUUAAGAGUUUAUAGUUUGUAGAUCCGAUUCUGAAAAGUUAAAAGUUGUGUAUUGUAUCAUUAUGAAUUUUGCUAUCACUCCAUUGCAUUGAAAAUAUUUUUCCCCACUACAAAACAAAAUAAUUUAUGGGUUUAUAUAAAACUUCCUCAAAUCUGAAGGUCACCACCGGAGUACACAGCAGGCUUUAUUAGAGUAGAAGAUCCUUGUAUGUCAUUUAAAAACGAAGAACUAGCAAUGAAAAA